GCGCCUCGUCCGCGUGCAGAAGCUCAGCCUUCACCACCGCGGCGACCAACUUCAGUUUCAGCAGCCCGAGCAGCACAAGCGCACGUCCGAAUGGAGGAGCAGCCGUUGGUUUGAUUCCCGGUGGCACGCGGGAGCGCAGUUCUGUACCGUUUCUGUCAAAGGGAAAAAAAACAUGGGUUUACAGGCGAAACGCGUUCGCAGCUUAGCGACACUGUUCUGUUACAAGUACAGUCAGGGUGAUUUGCUAUGGUGAUAUUACAACAGGCUAACUCGAAGCUAGCCCGCGGAUUCUUUUAGGAGAUAUCGGCUCAGAACACUUCCGCUUCGACCCAUGAAUUAGAUACUUGUGGUGGAUUUUCUUUAGGGUGGAAUACUAAAGGGAAUGUCGAACCAAGGAGUCCGGAGAAAUGGCCCAGUGAAGGUGCGGUUGACAGUGUUGUGUGCAAAGAACCUGGCAAAGAAAGACUUCUUUCGGUUGCCAGAUCCCUUUGCCAAAGUGGUUGUGGAUGGCUCAGGACAAUGUCACUCUACAGACACUGUGAGAAAUACUCUUGACCCAAAGUGGAAUCAACAUUAUGAUCUUUACAUUGGAAAGGCAGACUCCAUCACCAUCAGUGUAUGGAACCAUAAGAAGAUUCACAAAAAGCAAGGUGCAGGUUUUCUUGGCUGUGUCCGCCUCCUGUCCAACACAAUCAACAGACUUAAAGACACAGGCUAUCAGAGACUUGAUCUUAAUAAGCUGGGCCCCAACGACAACGACACUGUGAGAGGACAGAUAGUAGUAAGUCUACAGUCCAGAGAUCGUAUUGGGACUGGAGGACCUGUGGUGGACUGCAGUCGGCUGUUUGACAACGACUUACCUGAUGGUUGGGAGGAAAGAAGGACGACAUCUGGAAGGAUACAGUACCUUAACCACAUCACCCGUACCACCCAAUGGGAGAGACCUACCAGGUGUCCCGAAGCAGUGAGGGAUGGGGAAGAGACAGGAAAUGGUGACAAAUACCGACCUGCAUCAGAGUACUCUAGCCCAUCAGGGCGCCCCUCCAGCUGUGUGGUUGAUGAGAACACUCCAGUCAUGACACCUGUUAAUGGGGCUGUGGCCAGCUGCCCUCUUGGUGAACAACGGGUCCAGGAGAGACGGGUUCGGUCACAACGGCAUCGGAACUACAUGAGUCGUACACAUCUUCAUACGCCACCUGACCUGCCUGAGGGCUAUGAGCAAAGAACAACCCAGCAAGGCCAGGUCUACUUCCUCCACACCCAGACUGGAGUAAGCACGUGGCAUGACCCUCGGGUGCCCAGGGACUUGAGCAAUGUGAACUGCGAGGAACUGGGCCCGCUGCUCCCCGGCUGGGAGAUCCGAAACACUGCCACGGGCCGGGUCUACUUUGUUGAUCACAACAAUCGAACAACGCAGUUCACAGACCCACGGCUGUCUGCAAACCUGCAUCUGGUUCUCAACAGCCCGAGUCCAAAUGGUUCCCGUGUGGCCAUGGACAGCCAAAACACUAACCUCAGCAGCAAUCAGUCUCAGCUGAAAGACCAGGGCGGUCCUGUUGGCCCUCCCCAGGCUCUGUCCCCAGCCCAGCUCCCAGAGGAGGCAGAGUGUCUGACGGUUCCCAAAUACAAGAGAGACCUGGUGCAGAAGUUGAAGAUCCUGAGACAGGAACUGUCACAGCAUCAGCCGCAGGCCGGCCACUGCCGCAUCGAGGUCAGCCGGGAGGAAAUCUUUGAGGAAUCCUAUCGACAAGUGAUGAAGAUGCGGCCAAAGGAUCUUUGGAAACGGCUGAUGAUCAAGUUCAGAGGGGAAGAAGGUCUAGAUUAUGGAGGAGUUGCGAGGGAGUGGUUGUAUCUGCUGUCACAUGAGAUGCUGAACCCGUACUAUGGGCUGUUCCAAUACUCCAGAGAUGACAUCUACACCCUUCAAAUCAACCCAGACUCUGCUGUCAACCCUGAGCACCUGUCCUACUUCCAUUUUGUGGGCCGCAUCAUGGGCCUGGCUGUGUUCCACGGCCACUACAUCGAUGGAGGCUUCACGCUGCCCUUCUACAAGCAGCUGCUGGGAAAACCCAUCACGCUGGACGACAUGGAGUCUGUGGACCCCGACCUUCACAACAGCCUCGUCUGGAUUCUAGGAAAUGACAUCACUGGAGUCCUGGACCACACCUUCUGUGUGGAACACAGCGCCUACGGGGAAAUUAUCCCACAUGAGCUCAAGCCAAACGGGAAGAGCAUCUCUGUGACAGAGGACACCAAGAAGGAGUAUGUCAGGUUGUACGUGAACUGGCGUUUCCUUCAUGGCAUCGAGGCUCAGUUUCUGGCCCUGCAGAAAGGUUUCAACGAGGUCAUCCCACAGCACCUCCUCAAAGCUUUCGACGAGAAGGAGUUGGAGCUCAUCGUCUGCGGCCUGGGCAAGAUCGACAUCGUGGACUGGAGGUCCAACACCCGUCUGAAGCACUGCACCACAGACAGCAACAUCGUCAAAUGGUUCUGGAAAGCCGUGGAGUCAUUUGAUGAGGAAAGGAGGGCUCGGCUGCUGCAGUUUGUAACCGGCUCCUCUAGAGUCCCCCUGCAAGGCUUCAAGGCUUUACAAGGUGCUGCAGGACCCAGACUCUUCACAAUCCAUCAGAUUGAUGCCAACGCCAACAAUCUGCCCAAAGCGCAUACCUGUUUCAACCGGAUCGACAUCCCCCCCUACGAGAGCUACGAAAAACUCUACGACAAGCUACUGACCGCCAUCGAGGAGACGUGUGGCUUUGCAGUGGAAUGAGAGCGCGUCAUCCGUGGGAAGGGUUGAUUGUGCUGACAGGUUUGUGUUGAGUCCGGCCUGCAGCCUUCCUCUGACCUCCCUCCACGUUCCCUCCUCAUGAUUUUGGUUUAAAGAGCUGCUAUUAGAUGAUCCCAUCUUUAUUUCUUUUUGUUCUUUGGAACCUUUUUUUUUUAUUAGAAAAUUUAAAAUUAAGAGACAUUGUUUUACAAGAAACCGCUUGCUUUGAAGAUUUCUUUGGACACCUGACAGCCGCAGUUCCCGCUCUUGUUCGGUAAACAUUUACUGACUGAUCCAUGCCGUGCUACUGAACCUGUAACACUGCAAGUAGCCAUGUCUUUCCUUUAGUAGCCACUCUAACAGCUAACACACCUUCCAGUCUUUGGACGGGUGUUCUCCUUCCUGUUAGAGGCACCAUCCAUUCAUCCUACCUCAGAAAACUGCUUUGAUUUUUGAAGGCUUUCAUCCGAAAACACCACCGACCUUUCAAACAAAAAGGGAUCCGUGUUCAUUUGUUCACACCAGCAGCGAUCUUUCCACUCGUGAAACAUAUCCUUUGAGAAGUGACCGAAGCGCUCUGCGUCGACGUAAAGCUCGCCCAGACCGCUCAGAGACUUUUGGACUCUGGUGAUGAAGAAGGCGUACGCCACGCGCUGCCACCAUGUGUAACGGCCGUUCCCUCGCCAGUCCCACGCAUUAACCUCGCCCUUGUAAACCGCCACGAUCUUCCUCUCAUUUUCUCCCAAAUAACAUGCUGCAUGCAUGUCAGCGAUCUGUAGGCCGACUUGGAGCGAGGAUGGAUGACUUUCUUCCUUCACAUCACUUUAAAGGAAAGAAGUAUUUCUCUGUAGACACUUAAGAGCACUUUACAAGCCAAGCGGUGACGGCAGGAGUGCGUUCUUCAUGUUACUCAAACACAUUUGUUUCUCUUUGUUUGUUUUUUUCAACCACGAUAGAAAUACUCAAAGGCAAAAAAAAAAUCUAAACCUGUAAUUUUUUAGUACAUAUGUAUAAACGCAUAGCUAUUUUUUGUAUAUGAUCUAAUCGGUUUAAAUGCAAGCAUGUUGGUGUCCUUCACAGACCUCUUUGCAUUCUCAGGUGAGUCAUUUAAAAAAAAGUCAUAAUGAUAGUAUGGAAGGGGAAGAGAAAGGUCUACUAGAGGCCCCGUCUUUGUCAUGGUGUGAGGGUGAAGGGAUGUUUUCAUUUUCAUGUUGUGCAGCGGUUUGCUGCAGGACACAAAGACCAAACGGCACAGAUCACGUUCUCGUUGUUGUGCACAGGAGUUUUAUUGCACACCGACUUCAUGAGCAACAAAUAAAUCCUCCGUGCUGAAAAACCUGGAAGUUGCUGCCGAACAUCUGGGUGCUACGCAGAGGAAUUGAAUCAUAACCAGAGAAACUGGUCACACACCCCCAGAAUGAGUCAACAACAA